UGAAACACUCGUGUCUAUUUCUAUCAAUGUCGUAACAGUUUAAUAUGAUUUAGCCGACAAACUUCACUGCGAUUUUAUCGACAUCUGAAUAACUGUGAUUGGGUAACGCUUGGAAAGUGUGGUGACGGAGUGUCGAGAGGGACAGCUUGUGCAGUUGUUUUAGGUUAUGUUAUCUCGAUAAAACGUCGCUGUUAACUUAUAUGAAGUUGCAAGUUAUGAAAAAUAUUACAUGUGCGUAGGCCCAUAUCGUUUUGUAAAGUGCCCGGACCUUCACACUGCAGCAAUGGAUUACAGAAACAUUAUUUGGAUAAAAACAGAGCCAACAGAUGAGAUUUCGACUGUGCCAGACUCCACUGUCCAGGUUUGCCCAUCCACUGUGAACGUGAAAGAAGAAUUGCAAGAGUGUGUGAAUCAAGAGUUUCCUGAACAUCCGUUGGUAACGCUGGAGUCCACUAAUUGUUCCAAGGAGGAAACACAAAAAAAAUUGGGACCAGAAGAAACUGAGAACAUUUUGUACGUUCCUGAAUUUGAUCCUCAGGCAAUUAAAGAGGAGGGUUUGGAAUUUGAUGACAGUCUUCAUGAAUGUGACCCAUUGGAUAUAACAGAUGAGAAGGGGAUAGCCUCAAAAAGACUUGCACCACACAGUCCAAGGUUGACUAAAAUCGCUAAUGAGUCUGGUAGCACUGGAUGUGAAGAAACACACCUGCAGGGAGUGACUUGUGAGGAGCUGGACAUAGAUGCAGAGAAAUCGACACAUGUUGUUGGUAGUGGAUCUCUAAAUCAAGUGUGUUUCUCUAAGCAGGAUAAUGCCCUAUGUGCUAGAAAUAAUAACAGCUUCAAGGAAAAUGAAUUCACAUGUAGUUCAUGCAAGCAAACCUUUUUGUCAAAGUACAGUCUAAUAAUGCAUGUGUUUACACAUAUUGAUGGUGUAAAACCACCUGUACAUAUCUGUACCACAUGUGGUGAAGUAUUUCAUACCCAUGAUGGCUUGAGUAGACAUUUAAUGGUGGAAAAAAGGACUAGCCAAGAAGAAGGUGAACAACAUAGCACAGUUUCUAAUAUCAAACCAAACAAAUCUGAUAUUUCUGGGGAAUUUUAUAGUCAGUCAAGUCCUUCAGUAACAAACAAUGAUGAGAGCCCUCACGUAUGUGAGGUUUGUGGAAAAUCGUUUGAUGCAUUGCGCAGUCUUAAGAAACAUUCUUCCAUACAUACUGACAAUACAUCACAUAAAUGCAAAAUUUGUGGGGUUGCUUUUACUCGCUAUUGUCAUCUCAAGCAGCAUUCUCUGUCACAUAUUGGCGAGAGACCGCACAAAUGUAACGUUUGUGAGAAAUCAUUUAUUCUGCCUAGUCAUCUCAAGGCGCAUUCCCUAAUACAUUUCGGUGGGAGACCAUACAACUGUGAGAUAUGUGGGAAAACCUUUACGGCAUGUGGUAACCUGAAGAAGCAUAUAUUAAUACAUACUGGCGACAGACCCCACAAAUGCCAUGUUUGCGGGAAAUCCUAUACUGUAGCCGAUACUCUGAAGCAUCACUUAUUAAUACAUACUGGGGAGAAACCUUACAAAUGUGAGUUUUGUGGAAAAUCGUUUACAAGGUUAAAUAUUCUUAAGGCCCAUUUAAUACAACAUACUGGUGAGGCAUCCCACAAAUGUAAUGUUUGUGGUGAUUCGUUCACAAACUCUUGGAAUCUAAAUGUCCAUACAUUAAUACACAAUGGAGAGGAAAAACACAAAUGCGAUAUCUGUGGGAAAUUAUUUACUAAUGGUCGUGGUCUCAAGGCGCACAAAUUAAGACAUACUGGUGAGAAACCACACGUAUGUAAUGUAUGUGGAAAAUCAUUUACAGAGUCUGGUGGACUGAGGAAGCAUGUUUUGAUACAUACUGGUGAGAGGCCACACAAAUGUGUUGUAUGUGGCAAAUCAUUUACCGAGUCUCGCUGUCUGAAGAAACACAAUUUAAUACAUACUGGCGAGAGACCUUACAAAUGUAACAUUUGUGGCAAAGCCUUUACUCAGUCUGGUAGUCUGAAUGCGCAUAGGUUAAUACACAUUCGCCAGGGUACAAAAAUUUUAUAACUAUAAGAUAUUUUAAAGAAAUUGCGAUAAGCUGGGGAGGUAUGUUAAUAUAGACGACAGAACUCACAAAAAUAUGUCACUGAUCAGCUGCAAAAACUGCACUAGAUUUUUUAAGUAGUAUGUGCUGUAGACAGAAAACAGUAAUUGCACAGCGGGAAUUGUUAUAGAUAUUAUUAUGAUUUUAGAUCAGUGCGUUGUGGAGAGCCAAUUUUUGAAGUAUCAGAGCUCUGAUCAUUGUCAGGUGUGCGUAGUCGAAAAAUUUUUACAGAUUUUUGUGAAAAAUCUUACAUGUGGAAAUGCAGACCAACUUUUUAAAGGUUGUAUUUUGAGAGAUAAUUGUUGCGUGUGUAAACUGGCUAAAAGUAGCCCCUUGUAACCAGCUGUGUGUGUGUGUGUGUGUGUGUGUGUGUGUGUGUGUGUGUGGAGAGUUUGUUCUACUUGUGUUUAUUUGUCUCUUGGAACAUCUUAAUGAAAAUUGAGAAUUAUGUUUAAUGUAUGUACCCCUUGUAUUUAACCAGUGUAGUUUUGCUGAUAUUGGUAAUAGUAAUUUAUCCUUAUUUAAGGUAGUUUUGUAAAAUAUCAGUAGAACAGUCUAAACAGCGACUUCAGUGUUGUACAUAUGGUCGUAGUAUAAUAAUUAUAUAUUUUCUCCUGUUGUAAUAAUCAGUGCACUUUUGGACACAUUAUUGAAUUACAUGUUUAUGUAUAUAUCAAUACAUUAUUUAAAUUUCAUAUGCCACAGAUAGUUUGAAGAAACUUUCUUUUGAGACUUCAUUAUUGAUUUAUGUUUGGAACAUUUUAAACUUUUAUUAGUUAAUAGUUAUAUAAUAUUGUUCAUUGUAUCAACAUUUGUGUCUGAAGGUUGCUUGUGUAAGUUUCUUUAUUUAUACAUGUAUAAUAAGGCUUGAUUGUUAGUAUUAUCUGAAGAAUCUGAUUCCACCUCAUAUUAAUCAAUUGUGGUGCUUUUCUAUGACACGCCUUUGCAACCAACUAGCUGUGGAAUACGUUUCUGUUGAAAUAAUUGACAGUUCCAUCAAAGAUCGUUCUUUAUUGUUUCUAAAAGAGUGGUAUGUUUUGUAAAUAUAGGAUGAAGUACUUAAUCUGUCAGUUGCUAGCUGUAAAAUGGUAUCAUCUGCUGCCUACGUAUUGCAACCCGUUUUCAUUUCUUAUGUGGUAAAGGAAACAGAAAUGAGUUUGUUCCUGCUUGUCAGCCAUUUGUCUUUAUUGAUUGGUAAUACUUCGCCAUUUCCCUUCUGGAGACAUACAUUGUCAACUAAUGUGUGUAUCUGCAUUAAGUAAUGUGCAUCUGGGCUUCCUCGGCGAACGGAUACUGAAGUAUCAUGGUGCAAUGUGCUGAUUAUUUCUGGAGUGAUAUAUGUGAAGCCUGGUUACUUUAUAAAAUUUGUUACCACCAUGAGUACCAUUAUAACAGGUAAAAAUAAAAUAGUUCUAGAUUAUCAGGAUUGCUGGAAAUUAAGUCAUUACAGAACUAGUGAUUUAAAGGUGACUUUUCUGUCAACAGCUUGUUAUUUGACUUUAAUAAACUAUUCUGAUAAUUA